UAUGGCAACGGGUUUGGUUUUGGGUUCUGAAUGUAAUCAAAUUGCCUUAGAUGAAUACAAGAACUGGAAUGAGACCAUUUUAUAGUGAGUUUGAGUCAUCUUCUUUGUCCCUUCAGAAUUACAAAGUAGCACUUGGAAUAAUGUAAUUCAAUAGUGUAGGUGAAGAAAGGGAGGUAAAUGGUUAGGACAGAAUAUUCUCAUAUUUUGAAUUUGAUAAGGUAAAGCCUUUGAGUGAGAGUGUUAAUGACAGACAUCUGCAAUUGGAGACCACACUGCUGAGAGAUAGCAGUAUGCAGAGACAGACAGAUUAAGAUAAAUGUAUCAAGAAACAUUACUGUGAUACAAAUUUUUAUACUAAUUUUUUUUUUAAUUUUAUAUUGCUAUUUAAAUAUCUAGAUCAUUUUUUGCUUUCCCACAUCAUUGAUCUGAAUAUAGGCCAUUCAAAUACAUACUGAAUUUAAUCACAAACUUUUUUUCACAGACACAUAAGAGUUGAUUCUUCCAGAAAAAUGAGAAAUCACACAAUGGUGAUUGAAUUCAUCCUGCUGGGAAUCCCUGAGACAAAGGGACUAGAGACAGUUCUUUUUUUCCUGUUCUCAUCAUUAUAUUUAUGUACUCUCUUGGGAAAUGUGCUCAUCCUUACAGCUAUCCUCUCUUCCUCUCAGCUUCACACUCCCAUGUAUUUUUUCUUGGGAAAUCUCUCCAUGUUUGACCUGGGUUUCUCCUCAACCACUAUUCCCAAGAUGCUGUUAUACCUCUCAGGGCAGAGCCAGGUUAUCUCUUUCCUUGGCUGUGUGGCCCAACUCUUCUUUUACCACUUCUUGGGGAGCACUGAGGGUUUCUUAUACACCGUGAUGGCCUAUGACCGCUUUGUGGCCAUAUGUCACCCUUUGAGAUACAAGGUCAUCAUGAACCACAGAUUCUGCUCUGUCUUGGCCACAGGAACCUGGAUGAGUGGCUGCAUCCAUGCUAUCAUCCUAACCUUCCUCACCUUCCAGUUACCCUACUGUGCCUCUAAUGAGGUGGGCUACUACUUCUGUGACAUCCCUGCAGUCUUAACACUAGCCUGUGGAGAUACAUCUUUAGCCCAGAGGGUAGGUUUUACAAAUGUUGGUCUUCUGUCUCUCAUUUGCCUUUUUCUCAUCUUUGUCUCCUAUAUUCACAUUGGGAUUUCCAUAUCAAAAAUCCGCUCAGCAGAGGGCAGGCAGCGAGCAUUCUCCACCUGCAGUGCCCACAUCACUGCCAUCCUUUGUGUUUAUGGGCCAGUCAUCAUCAUCUAUCUACAGCCCAACCCCAGCCCGGUGCUUGGUGCUACAGUUCAGAUACUGAAUAAUCUUGUAACCCCCAUGUUGAAUCCACUGAUCUAUAGCCUGAGAAAUAAGGCUGUAAAAUCAGCCCUGAGGAAUAUGUUAUCCAAGAGAAACUUCGUCCUGUAG